AUGUGCCAGCCUUUGCCAGCAUCGGAGAAUUGGAGACAGACACUCAAAGCAGAAGUUGAUGUCGAGCAGGAACAGUAUGGCGAAAAUGUGUACGGAAACUUCUUCAAAAUACUCGAGGAUGAUAACGGGACUUCAGAAAGGCCGGUUCACCUGAGCAUGCAAGAAAACGGAGCACCAUCAGACGACACUAACCUGCCGAGUGUACUGAAGGAUGAGGAAGCCACUUCACUGAUGCUGUUUAGCCGCAGCAUUCUGCCCGACCACUCUGGGAUCUGCAGGGCUAGCAUUCGACUGCUCAGCAGCUUCCGAAACAGGCGCACCAAGAUGCCCUAUGAUGCAGACAUCGUGAAGAUCGGCCCCGGGGAGCAGGUCGUAUGUGUACUCCAUUCCGCGAAGAGGACUGCCUUCUACCCGGUUCUUGCCCAAGGUAAGAUUGACAGCGAGCGGCAAAAGCAAUCAAAGGCACGGCUGCACCGUUUGAAGCGUCCUUCGGUUGUGCUUUCCAAGCAGAACGGCCGAAAGACUGUGCGAGUACUGGCCAAGGAGUGCAGGUCCACGUACCAAGACUGGUGGGAUGGCAGUGCGGUUGAUGGCUGGACUUUGCCCUUCGACAUCCUUACUUUUGUGGUUGGAGCCUUCAGCCAGGGGUCAAGGCUUCCAGUGAAAGAUGGAGAUGUGACACUCUGCCGUGCCUGGCCUUUUCGACGGCUGGAUAGUGAGCGUCAGAGUGGGCUGAAAGACAUGGGAGCAGCUGAGCGCAGUACUUCGGAAUUUGAGCGGGCGAAGAAGUCGCUCCACGACACCUCUGUGACGCUGGAAGGUGCGUGCAUGGAACAGCCGUGGAAAGCAGCUGCCCUAUGUCUCCUCUUCCUAGUGGAUUCGGUAAGGCUUUUCGAGGAGCCCGUGUCCACUGUCAAGGGGGAAACCGUGAAAACGGGAAGCUACAGCCACUUGAAGCUCCUGAAACGCCUUCGAAAAGCAGAUGAAGCUGAGAAGUCGUGGAAAGCGUUCUGCAAAGAGACAGGCUACAAGUCCACCUCGGACAUGCCAGAAGAUGUGCUGGAGCAGUUCGUUCUGAACCCUGAGCAUCACUCUGCAGAUCGCUUGUCAGCAUUCGCGCUUGAAGCAAGGCUUCCCAAAGUGGCGAGUGACUUCGAGGACGAUGAAAUGGAGUUUGGUGGCUUCAUGGACUCCAAUCUUUAUGGCUUGGUCAAGAGCGACAAAGAGCAGCAGGAAGAGCGUAGACAGCGUGUUAUUCAGAUUAGGAGUUUCAUGAGUGAUCCUGAGAAGGCAAAACUGUGGCGACGCUUUUGUCUCGAAGCAGAAGACCCAGACGACGAGGAGUCCAGAGCAGUCAGAUCCGAGAUGGCAGCCAGAAGCGAUCUGGGACGGCGAAAGACAGCUUUGGAAUCUUGGUUGGAUGCAGAAACAGGGAAGGCGCCACCAGGCGGAAACAAGUGGGGGCUCGCCGUUGAGGAGCUUCUGCUGACAGAGGCUUUUGCAGACGCGAGCCAGCUCAAGAUUGGUUUGCAAGCGGACAUUGGAAUUCGUUGCCUCGUGAACACGUCACUCGAGGUUGGACAAAUUCACCCAUGUACGAUGGCUAUUGCAUCUUCGGCAUCAGUGAUCAAACUUGGCAUGCAGGUGCCCUCGGUGGAUGGAUUUCCAGGCAAAGCUUCAACCACAUGCGAGUUAACCCCGGACAUCACGCAAUUGGACUUCCAUGGAAGGUCUCCAGCAUGCGACGUCUUGAAGAUUGCGGAGCAAGGAAUACGAGCUUUAGUGAAUGACUUUGCUUCGAAGGUGCUGUGCAGCAAGGUUUCUGCCGCGCUUGCUGCGCUUUCUUCAGAGGUUUCUCGGGAACUCAAGCAAAAAGUUCAACCAUAUCUCAAGCCGGCCGCCGCACUCCAACCUCCCUCUGUCGAUGGCGCCAUCGAUCUGGAGAAGACCUUCUGGAAGGGGCCUGUGGGCCAUGUGUUUCGAUCUUUUCUGCGAGAGGUUGGACAUGUGGACAACGACGUCGAAUUCAACAAGGUGGUACGCUUCUUGCGGUCCGAUCUUGGACUCGGUGCUGUUUCCCUGCCCGCUGUGCCUGAGCUCCAGGUGGUACUGCCAUGGAUCGAGAAUGCGGUUUUCACCAUGGCCAUGAAGAGUGCCACGGUGGACGUAAGCCUCAUAGAGGAUCUUCACUUCGGCUUUUCCGCACCCUCCGCAGCGAGAUUUUCAGUGCUGGACUAUCGCGUCGUGCCUGCCUGUCAGCCCGGGGACCAACCGCGCCUUGAGCGUUGCACUGGUGUCACCAAAAUGUUCAAGAACACGUACCAGUCGGGCUUCCUGUCAAUCCUCUACUCCAUCGGCAGCAAGCCACUUCAGAUUUGGGACAAGAAGGUCCGCAAUGGGCACAUCAAGCGUCUCACUGACUCUGACAUCCAAUCAAGCGUGUUGGAGAUCAUGGGCACCAAUGUGAGCACCACUUACAUCACCUGCCCCGCCGAUCCUUCGAAGACCUUGGGCAUCAAGCUGCCUUUCUUGGUCAUGAUUAUCAAGAACCUGAAGAAGUACUUCACCUUUGAGGUGACGGUGUUGGACGACAAGGAGGUGCGGCGACGCUUCCGUGCUUCGAAUUACCAAAGCACCACCAGGGUGAAGCCCUUCAUUUGCACAAUGCCCAUGAGGCUGGAUGAAGGUUGGAAUCAGAUCCAGUUCAACUUGUCUGACUUCACGCGCCGUGCCUACGGCACCAACUACAUCGAGACCCUCCGCGUGCAGCUGCAUGCAAAUUGCCGCAUCCGCCGCAUCUACUUCAGCGACCGCUUGUACAGCGAGGAGGAACUCCCUCCUGAGUUCAAGCUGUUCUUGCCCGUGGCACAGAAGGCGCAGGCUCAGGCCCAAGCGCAACCGGCUCCGGCUCCCGCUUGUGGACUUACACCGUUGGUGUCCAUGGCUGCAAAGACAGCCCUGCUGCUCCCAGGGGGCACUGCGAGCUUGAAGCUCUUAGGUCAUGAGCUGAACAUCACGCAGCACACCAGCUUGAGCCCGGUGCAUCUGCGCGCCAGGGCGGGGUUGAAGGUGUCAGGCGCCGCCGCGGCCUUCGUGGCCUACAACGCCAGCGGCCUUCAGCAGCUCCAUUGGCAGUGGAGCCUGCGAGCAGAACUUCAGUUAGCAGCUGGACAUUUGGGCACGCCAUCGUCGCAUGACCUGCAGUGA